GCGUCCUCGGCAAUGUCAUGGUGGUGAUCGUGGUGCUUCGAAGUCGAGGCAUGCGAACGCCCACCAACUGCUACCUCGUGUCGCUGGCCAUCGCCGACAGCAUGGUCCUCCUGGCCUCUGUUCCCAACGGCAUCAUCGCCUACUACAUCCUCGGCGACAAGUGGAUCUGGGGCCGGGUGGGCUGCGCCCUCUUCAUCUUCUUCCAAUUUCUGGGCAUCAACGCGAGCAGCCUCUCCAUAGCGGCCUUCACCGUGGAGCGCUACAUCGCCAUCUGCCACCCGAUGCUGGCGCACAAGCUCUGCACGGUUCGCCGGGCCAAGCGGAUCAUCCUCUACGUGUGGAUGUUUGCCACCGCCUACUGUUCGCCGUGGCUCUUCCUCACCAAGGUUGAGCCGCUCUACUACAUCGGCAUCGAGGCGGAGGUGGUCACCUGCAAGUUUGCCCUCAACCGGGAGCACUACAAGGGCUACUUUCUCACCGACAUGGUCCUCUUCUACAUCAUUCCGCUGCUCGUCUCGGUGGUCCUCUACGCCCUCAUUGCCCGCAUUCUCUACCAGAAUGACAUCUUCCGGCGGAAUGGCAAGGGCGGGCCGCUGGAGGUGGGCACUGGAGGUGGUAAUCAAGCGGGAAAGCUUUCCUCCUCCACGUCGGGGCUGAUGCCGCCGCUUGUGACGAGCGGAAUGCCCCAUCACCACCACCAAUCGAGUAAUCACCACAGCAACUCCGUUUCGGUCAACCUCAACUCCAACUCCUCAAUAACCCGGCACUAUCUGACAACGACGACGACGACCUCCACUUCCACUUCAACGACCACCUACGGAAAGUGUCAGCUGACGAAGAAGAAUGCGUCCAGCAGUUCGGAUGCUAGUCGAGUUCAA